UAGUACGCUUUUUUUUCCGAAUCUUGAAAACCCCCGCGUUAGGAUUUAUGGGGGCAUUUUCGUUCUGCUUUUCCAUCUGUGAUUCGCCUCGGAGCUUGGUGCUAGUGGUGGAGCACGGAAAAUGGCCUUUUGUUGUUGGACUGAGUCUAGUCGUGUCGAUGACGAUGAAAGUGGCUGUACUCGCAAUGGAAUCGUGCUGUCGUCGUCGUGAUAUAAUUAAUAAACGAGGUAAAUAAGCGUUCUCCUAACCAACAGGUCCUGGAGAUUGUUCCCACGGGGUGCCAGGAGGAGGCCCACUUGGAGACGAGCGGUGAUUGCUGAACCAGCUGAAACGGUUCCGUGCCGAGUGUGCCGAGAAAAAGGAAAAAUCUGGAAAAUCUUCCCCUAUAUACAGUUGGAGUGUUUUUGACGGAAAACCUUUCGGAACAGAGAUUAUAUAAAGAUUACGCGAUUGGUGUUGUUCAUUUGCUUCCGACGGAGAGCGAAAUUGUGGUGAGAAAACACGUAGUGGAAAGCGAGAAAACGCGGCCGGACGCGACAGUGGGGUGUGUGUGUGUGUGCGCGUGGGGUUUUGGGGAAAGUGCAUUUCCCUCGAGCAGGUGGGUAGUGAAAGGGUGAACGAAAAAUAGACGUCUCGUGAUUUUCUGCGCUGCUCGCGUGUGUUUAGAAGUCCGAAGAAAGAAGGUGGUUGACGUCACGACCAUCGAGUGCGUGACGACGUCGGUCCCCUUCGUCGUCGCGACGCGUUUAGUGUGCAGUAAGCAGAGGUUCGCACUGGCGAGAUAAUUGCCACCAAGCUGGAGGAACCGGACGUAAUGCAACCGACCGAGUGUGCAGGGGUGCUUUCCCCGAUGGUGGUCGAAUCGGCUACUGCCCCCAUUUCCGUGGUGCCUACUACUACUGCUUUGACUAAUAUUAAUUCUAAUGUGCCGUUGAUGAGUGGCCAUUUGACGAUACUGUCGCCACCGUCUUCAUCGGCAUCGUCAUCACCUUCGUCGUCACCGGAAACGGUUCGAAGUGCAUCAUCGUCAGUAUCGUCGCUAUCGCCGCCGCCACCGUCGCCGCCAGUGGUGGUAACGAAACAGUGUCAACAAGAAGACUCAGAAGAGGACGACGACGGCCAGGGCAGGGCCCCGCUGAUGAAGCAACUGAAUAAACUGCUCACCCCACCGGAUGAUCUGCUGCAGUGGAAGGACAUGCCACAGCACUUGCAGUUCAACCCGUACGUCCUAACUGGCUACCGGCCACUGCAAGGCGUCAAAGGAUGCCUCAGCAGUUUAUUCUACGUGCAUAACGAGACGAUUAAUAUUUUAACACAUGGCAUUCCAAUAGUGUACAUCCUGGCAACAGUUCCGGCAAUGAUGCCAUGGGAGAAGGAGUACCGCUUUCUCUCGUGGUGUCAUCUGGUCGGUUCUGUUGCACCCUGGUGCGGUAGUUUCGUCUACCAUCUCUUCAUGAAUCUGGAAAUGGGCGAGAGCGCGUACUAUCGGCUGCUGCAGCUCGACAUGCUCGGAAUUUGGAUAAGCCAAAGUUUCGGCGCUCUUCCUAUGGUAACGGCAACGGUAUACUGCCUGAACUGGCCCCUCAAGUGGCUUAUCAUCAUAUCGUACUCGCUGUUGUGCAUUUGGGGUCUGUUCAAGGCCAUGACGGCAUCUUCACCGUGGCAGCGCCGACUUUGUUUUUUGCUGCCGUUCAUGAUGCGGAUCGUGCUCACGUUUCUCCGGAUAUCCAAGCUGGGCGGGGGGAAUCCCGCCUCGCUGACACACGUAUUCCUGCAGGACGCCGUUUCGGCCGUGGGUGGCGUGAUUGGAGCGAUGCACAUACCGGAAAAGUGGUUCCCCGGCAGUGUGGACAUCUAUCUCAACUCGCACAACAUCAUGCACGUGCUGGUGGUCAUGGCCGUUUACUCGAUGCAUCAGGCUACCAUCCGGGACCUUGAGUGGAUGCAGCACGCGGAGUGCUGCCGAUCCAACCUAACAUCAUCGUUGAACAUAGACGCAAUUAAUGGUUCCCACCUGGAGCUAUGACCAGCUGGUACUGUAUAUUCCGUCCCGCAGAAUGCUGAUGGCAUUGGCUGCACCUCCUCCACUUCAUCCUCCUCCUUCUUAGCCGUCAACGCCAACAAUUCGACUGAUACCGGUAGCGCUGUUUCGGAUGUCGAUGCCACUCCCGUCAGCGACAGCAGCAGCAGCAGCAACAAUAAUGUUUCGAACGCGUCAUGUGGCGGCUGGUGGUUGGUAGAAUUCGUUCGCUUCCGUGUACUCUCACGAAACGAGUGCGGUCACGACACCGAUGACGGUGCGUUUGGAUGGCUUCGUCUGAUUGUUGCCGGUUCCCGAUAGAGCCCUACGGCGCGUGUUUAAGGGUAGAUUUCUCUCGCCGUCCCGGGGGAGCUGUUUGACCGAAAUCUGAUUCCGGAUUUGAACAUUGAUUGCCUCUUUCUCGAGAACGAUGUGUGCGCAAAUUUGCAAAUUAGCCUACUGUCAAACCUAGGUUGUAGAAAGUGGGCAAAACGAAGACAAAUGAUUUCGUUAGUGAUACAAUUUUCGGAUGCACGCAGCUUUAAGAGCCAAUAUAACUCUGACCGACUAUUUAUUAGCCUCGGAGCGUUUUGAAACGAAAUGAGUGUGCUCAAAUUAACAGCUCAAUAGUCGCUUUGGUAGCCUACUGUGGUAUUUCUUGGCAACUUCAAAGAACAUAUUUUAAUCAAUCAUAUAAAGCAAUGGUUAAUGUAAUUUCUUGAACACACACACACACACACACACACACACAUCUCCUUUUUUAAAAGAUAGUAUAAAUUCAAAUAAAGCGAACGUUAUUGAAAAUGUAGCUUCAGACUCGACCGAACCGCUUAGUCGAGGUUUCUCAUUUACCUGCGGCGAUCGGACUUUGUCCGUAACUUAGGCCCCUUCCUCUUUUGAGUCGACAAUAUUCUAGAUAAACAUUUCAAAAGCUCCUAUCUACAUUGAUUGAUUCUCAUCGUCGAUUUUCUUUUUCGUUUAUAACUCAGCAGCAAAACAGUUCCCUGUUGUAUUUGACGUUUUGAACGCUAGAUAAGAACCUGCUUUAUCAAACUAUGUGAUACAGUAGCACGAAAUCUGUUUGCAAAGCUGGGGUUAUCAAAAGAGAAAGUCGAUUAAGAGAAUCGAUCAAAUCAGAUAGGGUCAUUUGAAAUGUUCAUCGAACAUUCUCUCAUUUACCCGGUUUGAAGUGAGAUUUUUCAAUCGCUGGAUUUUGCUCGUCACUUACUGCCAGGGAUGGAAAAUCAUUUACAUUCAUUUCAUGCAUUCAUUUACAUUAAUUUGCCUCUAUCUGUUUUUCAUCAACGGAAUGCUGCAAAAUGAUGUAUAGAGCUGUAGUAGGUUUUGUUAUUAGCUACAACUUUUGCCCAUAGCUCAAAUCUGUAUCUCUUAUGUAUCACGAAUUAGAGCGGGCAUGUGACAUUCAUUGAAAAACAGUAGUGGCUUCUGAUCACUCUGGUUCAUCAUGCAUAAGAGAUACGGAUUUGAGUUUUGAACAAAAGUUGUAGCUAAUAACAAAGCCUACAAAAGCUCCAUACUGUAUUUUGCGGAAUUCUGUUGAUGAAAAAAGUUAGGGCAAAUGAAUGUAAAUGAAUGCACGAAAUGAAUGCAAAUGAUUUCCACCGGACAUGGGACUGUUGUGCGAAUAGCGGCGGUAUGGGUGUCUCAAUUUGAUGUUUCGGUGCCAAUAUUUCAUCGAUUUAUCGCGAAUAAAAGCUCACACAUGCAAAGUAACAAAACAUCAGGUAGAUGAAUGUUUCCUUUACCCAUAGCUUGCAUCGUUAAUUCGAAGGAGUGAGCUUUUAUUUGGGAAAAAUCGGCGGAUUAUCUUCACGUUUAUCCAAUAUGUCAAGAACCAACCACACAACUCUACGAAUCGGACACCUGAAUGUUCGAGGUCUCGAACUUCAUGUUGAUGAUAUCAAAAACAUCCUAAACCGGACAUCAUACCACUUUUUCGCUGUUAGCGCAUCCCAGGUUUCAACCACGUCAAACACUCCCUUCCAACCGGUUGAGGACGAGGAGCAUGAUCUUGCGGUGGAGUUGGUGUGUAUGUACUAACAGGCAUUAAAUACAGAAAUGUGCUGAAAUCAACAUUCGAUAAUGAUGUUCCGAUUAUCUCGAGACUAGAAUACCUCGUUCUGUUCCUGGUCCGGGUCUGGGUGAUCCGUAGCGAACAAGUUUAACGCACAUCGUCUGACUACCCGCUACAACGAUUUAGGUUUAACCAUUAGGUAUCGAGGCUGAAAUCCAGACCAACGCAACGGGAUCGGAUGAAAUUCCGAUUUGCUUCGUGAAAAUGCUGUGUCAGACCAAUAAGUGACCUUCCGGCAGUGUCCGGCGUUGGAGAAGAUACUACUCGGCCAGAUCACUGAGCACCUAGACAAACCAAAUAUGUCACUGCUGGCAAAACAUCAGUCUGGAUAUAGAAAAUGUUAUAGCACCACAAGCGCCCUUACUAAAGUGACGCAUGACAUAUACAGCAACCUAGACUCAAACCACUGCACCGCUAUGGUCCUAGCGAGGGUCCUAGAUGAUUUUUCGUAGACCAGCGCUGCCCAACACGCGGCCCGCGGGUCGGACGUGGUCUCAGGAUCUCAGCAAUGGUAUCAUGCUAGUCCAAUUUCAUUCAUCAUUAUGAAUUUUAGUCCAGAAUGAAUGAGAAAUGGACAAAUUUCAGCUUGAAACAUGUUCAUCGAACGUAGAUACAGCUAUUUGAAAAAGCAAGUUUUAAAAGGUUGGGCAGGCCUAGCGUAGACUAUCAACGGCUGAGACAUAAAUUUACUACAGCUUUUCUAAGUCAUCGUAGUCAAGUUGUACAAAUUGGAAACCAGUCAUCUGCUGAGCGCCCGGUACCCGAUGGCACCCCGCAAGGAUCCUGCCUCAGUGCACUAUUAUCACCGACGAACCGACAUGCCACAGGAGCAUUUCGUUUGUCCACAAUUCGAAUUGUCAAACGAGCGAUUCGAACUUUCAAACGGGCGAUCAGAUCUGUCAAACGAGGUGAGACGCAAACCAAGGCAAUAUAAAUUAUAUGUGGGUUCGCGUCCUUGCUCAUGGUAUGACGUGAUCGGAUGAGUAGAUCUCGGUAGUAUUUAACGUAUUUUAAAUAUGGCGUCUUGGGCACAAAUUUGAAAGUAGCUUGUAUGAGCUGUCACGUCGGUUCGUCGGUUAUUCAGCUUAUAUAUCCACAGCUUCCCGUCACAGUGGAAGUGUGAAUACCAACUGUACGCCGAUGAUCUUCAAAUCUACAUUUCUGGACAUACGGAUGAUAUCAGAAGACUGAUUGCAACUAUUAAUCAGGAUCUGGCAGCAACCGAGAACAUUGGGCUAAGGCUAACGUUCUCUACCCUAAUCUGAACCUUGGACUCCGAAUCGGCAAAAAAAUUGAACUGGUUUGCGCAGAUCAACGAUGUAACAUCAAAAGUGUUUGGAACGCUACGAACAUUCAGGCGAUUCGCCCCGGUGCUAACUAUACAAACACGCAAGAAGCUGGUGCAGUCCGUUCUUUACGUACUGCGAUGGGGUCUACUAUAAUGGACUCUCUGUAGCCUUCAGAGAACAAUUAAACCGAUGCUUCAAGGUCUCGGUACGCUUCGUGUACAACAUUCGACAUCGAGGAAGCACUGCUGCUGUACGUAAUACCGUUUUGGGGCACGACCUCCCAAAGAACUACCACAAUAUAGAACUACUUAUAGUGUGGAUUCGUUCUUGCCGGAUUCCUGAUACUACUGAGUACUGAGUACGGUUGAUCCGGCAUUAUCGAAUACACGUAUUUGAGCUAAUUGGGACCAAAUACUGAUUGUACGGCAAUUUGAAGAGAUAACUUCCUAAUGUCUUUGGAGAAGUUGUUUAGUAAAUUGGACACCUUUUGGGAAGAGUCAGUUUCCGGUAGGACACAAGUCUGGUCCUGUGGAAGAUCCGGAACAUCCAGUUGGUCAAUUUAUGAAACUUAUCCUAGAGCUCCGCGGUUUUUUCGAAACCACUCAUUGACGUCUUAUCACAAUAAAAUCGGAGGAAUGACCAGCAAAUGGACGCUGGAGACCAUUUCAAAGUGGUUAAUUCAUGAAACUGAUCCUAGCUACGCGGAUUUUUUAGAAACCACUCAUAGACAUCUUAUCAGAAUGAAUUCGCAGUUUUGACCAGAAAAAUGAUACUGGGGAUCACGAGAUGGUCCACUAAAAGAUCUGGAACAUCCGUUAAUGUGCUCAAUUCAUGAAACUGAUCCUAGAGCUCCGUGAUUUUUUAGAAACCACUAAUAGACAUCUUAUCACAAUGAAUUCCUAGUGGUCUUCUGGAGGACCAGACUUCUGACUUUCCGAAUGCAAAUUUUUUUUCCAAAAGGAGGUCAUCUACCUCGUUAAUAACUUUUCAGAAGACACCAGGAAGUUAGCUCUUCAAAUAACCCUAUAUAAUAAGUAUUUGUCCCCAAUUAGCUCUAAUCGCAUGUGCUACGUGUAUUCGUUACUGCCGGUUCCUAUAGUGCGGUCCCUAUUAAUCGUACUAUAGGAAUGUUGACUGUAUGUUGCUUCAUAAGACAGGUGUAUCAUGAGGUACUUGCUAAAUCAUCGUUCCUAGGCUACGUCCACGUCUGCUCGAAGGAGUUUGCUAGUGUCAGGGACGCUCACCUGGAACGAUUUGCCACUUGCAGUCAAACAACUACCAACUUUAGUCCUAUUUAAGCGAUGUCUUAACAGGCCUGGUUGACAGUAAUGGCGGUAAGCUACAACUCGAAUUAACUUUUAAUCCCGUCCCUGUUUGGAUGAUCUGCAAAGUGUUUGCGUAGAAUCGUGUUGAUUAACUCUGAUGUGGACAUCAAAGCAGCCGGACAGUCUUAGCAAUGCAAAGGGAAAAUCGAUGAAGAUCAUCGCGUAUACGCCCUUAUGCAUGCUCACUGUCGAAAUACACUAUAGGUGCGUUUACCCUACCAGCAUCAGCAACAAUCUUGGCAAUGGAAGAACAGUGAGUUACUGUAGGCUGUAGGUUUCUUAUGGCUUGUUUACGUUUGGAGCCAGUUAUGCGAGGUAGGCGACGAUUGUUCGUAUUUGACAGUCACCUCUCCCCCUUGGACGCCAAUUGGCGUUGACGGCACCGUCGAAAAAUUUACUCUUCCAGCAAAUUUAGACAGUUUGUUAUGGGAAUUUUCAGUGGAGUGAAAGGAUAGUACAAAGUCCACCAUGUUUCACGCACAAUCUGACGUUUGCUUAUGGAUUUUCUCAUAGGAGUAAAGAGCUACAGAGUCGCCGUCAACACCAAUUAGGUUUUGCACCGUCGGGGUUAACCUCAAUCUGAUGGCAGUUCAGUGCUAAGAGGAAGAGGAGACAAUACGGGGGCGAAAACGAACCACUUUUCUGUCAAACGCGAACCAGCUCGUGAUUGGCCGAUUUAAAGUUCGUAAGAUAGAGAUAGAGAUAGAUAUAGAUAGAGAUAGAUAUAGAGAUUAAAGAGUAAGAAGCCAGUUGUCUCCUCUUCCUCUUAGGUUCAGUGAUACGUAAGUUUACGUGGACUUAGUUGAUUUUUUCUUGGGUAGAUUUUCUGGAUCAUUUUUCAGAUUGCAGUGAGAUGUAAACCACACUUUUGCAAUGUCCACAAGCAACAUCCUUUCAUCACGCAUUUCCUCGACAAUUUUCAAAGUUAAAAUUCGGAAAUUUUAAAAUAUAUUUUUUUCGAAAAAACGACUAAGUGCUUGUAAACAGUACCACUGAACUGUCAAAAAGGUUCAGCCGUUUAUCACUGAGUUCAUUUGUGCCGUCACGCUGCAGAACCUAAUAAUUAUUGUCUCCUCUUCCUCCCAGGUUAAAAGCACGUAAUGCCGUAGAGGCGCCGCUAGUGAUGGGGGGCAAAACGCGGUCAGUGUAAAUUGAGCUGAGCUUUUCGGUUUUGAAGCUGAAUUAUUGAUGCACUGAAAAUAAGCUUAUAGUGGAAAUUAGUGGUACACUGGAACUAUUUUAAAUAAGUAUCACGGAACGAAAAUUAAUCAUACUUUCCAUAAGACAAACCAUUUAUAGGUCCUAUAAGAAUGCAUAAACGAAAAAUAUGAGCGUCAAAAGGAGCCAGAACAGCGUUGCCAGAAUGUUUUACAGCUAUCAAAGGUAUCAAAGGUUUUAAAAAAUCGGUAUUUGUCGGGAUUUACUAUUUUAAUUAAUUUUAUAUUUUUGCCGUUUAUGAAAGCAAAAAUUUUAACUUUUGGACUAUGUUCGGAAAAUUCCAGAAGAAAACUCAGGGAAAUGUUUGAAUUAGCUUCCGGAGGAAGCUGAAAACAACAUCCAGAGAAAGAAGAAAGAGAAUUUCACAUUCAACGGAAGGCAGACAAGUUUCGGAAAUCGGAAGUAAAUUCCAGAAAUAGCCAUUUACAAGGGAAGCCAGAAGAAGCUCGGAAAAACCUUCCAAUAUAAGUAAAAAAAAAAAGAAAACAACUGGACAAAAAUAUAGAACUAGACGAAAUAAAUUUCUGGGAGAAGUUUAAUUGAACUUCCUGAAGAAGACGGAAGAAACUUCCUAAGGUAGAUUGGAAAAAAAAUUUGGAGGAAGUCGGAAGCCAGAACGCUAACGGAACAGUCGAAAGAAACAAGGACAUAAUUCCGGAAGAAAAAGAGCUCUGAGGGGAUUUAAUGAUCCAGAAAAUUUUCCAAAUGGUCAUAAAACAUCCCUGAAGACCCCACAAUGCCCCUGAAGUUUUUGGAACAUUCCUGAAAUGUUACAUAUUUCCUCGGAAUUCCUUAAAAGUUUUUUUAAUUGUCUUAAAAUUAUUAGGGCUAUUUUGUAGUACUCUGAAAUACUUGGAACUUCUCUGAUUAUAAUGGGACUACCGGAAUAUCUCUAAUCAACUUUAAAGGUCUCUAGACUUUCUUGAAGAUUACGAAAUUUCUUUAGCGCUAUCACAAUCCCGAUUUUCUAAAUUUUUAAAAGUUAUCGACACUGCCAUUGAUAAGCACGGAACUUCCCAUAAAAUGUUCUCACAAAGUGCUAAUGGUCGUGUAACUUCCCUUACGUUUCCUAAAUUUGCAUGAGCCUCUCGGAACAUUGCUGAAGUUUUCGGAAAUUGCCUGAGUUGGAACUCCUUUAAAAUUUCAGCAAUUUACUUGAAAUUUAUUGAUCUGUCCUGAUGUUCUCGGAGCUUCCUAAAGUUCUCUCAAUUCCCCUGAAACUUAUGGAGCUGUCCUGAAAACCAUUAAAUUUCCCAGAAGUUCUUUGAACUUGUGAAGUAUCCAAAAUAUUUAUGAUGUUUCCUUAAGUUCACUGGAGUUUGCUGGACCGGGUUUUAGAAUUUUAACAGAAGUUAUUGAAACAUUCUUUAAUUUAUCAAAACUUACUCAAAAGUUUGGACUUUUCCGAAGUUUCAGAACUUCUUAAAAGUUCCUGCAGCUAGUGUGCAUCCGCAAUCAAAAUCUGGAAGCAUCCCUGAAGUUCCGGAAAAUAAAAAAAAAAAAAAAAAAUGGCGGGGGAAGAUGGAAGAAUCUUUCGAGUGAAGGCUGAAGAAGCUUCCAAGGCAAGUCGAAAUAAGUUUCCGAGAGGAAUCGUAAAAUAAUUUACGAUGUAAGGUGGAAGAAAAUUCCAGGGGCAAGUUGGAAGAUAAUCCAGGAAGUUAAAUAGGAUUUAAAAAGUAUUUUCCGAUUCCCCCGGAAUUACCAGAAAGAACCAUCGACUGUUUAUCUAUUCAUGGGUAGCCAAAAACGGUGAGGAAAUUGAAACAUUAAUCGACAGAGUAUCAAUUUUUAAUGGUGCUUUUUUAAUUUUAAAGGCCCAACAAAUUUGUGAUAUUCAAAAAGAUACAAGUCUCUCCCAAUAAUUUUCUCCGAAAUUCGAGCACGGGCAGACAAUAAUCAUUUUGAUUACUUAAAAAAAUCGGUAUAAAUCGGUAUAAAACCUAAAAAAUCGGUAUUCUGAGGAACCUUAUCUGUAUAUCGGUAUCUAGUUCGGAAAUCGGUAUAAAUACCGAUAAAUCGGUAUAUCUGGCAACGCUGAGCCAGAAUCAAGCUGUCAUGAACUGUCAUUGGGAGCCAAGCAGUUUGAUGAUGCUCUUCCUACAGUUCAACAAGAAUACACAAGGCGGUAUUGAAAUCUUGCGUAAAGUAAUUUAUGACAAACUGUCCAGCUAUCUUAUUCAAAAGGACACCGUUUUUUUUUUAAAUUCAUUCAUUGAACAUACUCAAAUCAAUAUUGAAAGAUACUAUUUACCAAUGUUUUUGUCUAAAUAUUUAGAGGCACAUCAAAAUACAUAACAGAAAAGUAAAUUUUCUCACUGCAAACUGAACAAUCUCAAACAAUGAUUACACCCUCAAAGAAAAACAGGCUAUAAGGUGAUCCAAGAGAUGCUUCUCAGAGGAACUGACAGCUAGAAAUCUAGAGUGUGUGAGUGAUCUGGUAUUAAUGGUGCUGAAUGUAAAGAUAAACAAAGCAGAAAUUCAUAUGAGAAUAAACUGCCAGUUCUACUGUGAUCUGUCAAAAGUUCUUGGUAAACAAAAAAGUCAGCUGAUCACAACUGUCUCGUGGACAGCCUUAUUCUACCACGCCUAUUUUGAUUUGAUUUCAAUGGCACACAUUUUCAUGACAAGAAGAACAACUAUAAAAUGAAUUCCAGGUGUGCUAUCUGCUUCUCCCUUCCAGUGUGUGACCAUAUUUCAUUUGACACAUGAUCUCAAUUAACAUUUUUGUAAGGCGUCUGCUUAUUAGUUGACUUAUACAUUUCAUGAAUAAUCAGUACCUAAUAGAAAUUUGCCAGAUGAAAUAAGGAGAUUUCUAUCCGUGAACGAUUACAUUAGCAAAAAUCACCAUCUCUUCGGUGGUAUGUACUUUGUAUGGGAGCAAGCUAUCAAUUUGUUAGCUUAGUGUCAAACAGUGCUCAGAAAACGAAGCUCUUUCAGAUGAGCUAUAAAAAUCGGUUUUAUUGAAUGCUAAUUAGAACCGUAACCAGGAAGUUGAUAGUGAAAUGGAGUUCAUUUCAUCUCUUCCUAUUCUUUAGGCUUUAUCACGAUCCCUCUGGGACUUUACACCGGCUCUCAACUGAGUAUUCUUUGAGCACUUCCACAGUUGUUAACUGAAAGCUUUUCUAAGCCUGUAUCGUUUUUGAAUUAGUAUUAUUCUGUGACAAGUACAAUCACACUCUAUGCCCGGGAAGCCGUUACAUUUUUUAAGAAGAAGGGGGCAUCAUUAACGAAUCAGAUUUCGUGUCAAAACGGCAUAAAAAUCAUCUAACCUAUUGUCCUGACUAAUUCACCUUUAGUAAAAGCACGAGUUUCCUUAACAAUAGUUACGUAGAGAUGUCAAAGCAAAAUGAGCAUAUAGAAAUCGCUGACAUUAAAUUAAGCAUGAAAAGAGUUAAAUGAUACCAAAAAAAAUAGUUCAUCCUAUAUGAAACAGAUGAGUUGAUUCCUAUUACAUUACUAUUUACUUAUUAGUUAGAACAAUUAUCUACAACUGCAAUCACAGAGUGUUACUGUACAGUAGUCAGAGAAACAAUUGUGUGAAGAAAAUCUAGUCAUACAGACGUACACCCGUACUAUUUAUCUUGAUACAUAUAGAUUAUAGUUAUUCUUAAUAUAAAGAUAUUAGUCAUCCGAACCUUAUAGGAACAAAAACUUUAAAAAAUGGAGUAAAACAAAAUCAAAGAACACGAGAAAGGCUGUUUACCGUUAAUUUAGGAACCUUAUUUUCCAAUUGAUCGGUUCAAGUAUUGCUCUGUACCCAUACGUAGCGGAAAUUAGGUCUUUAGACUGAAAGUAGUAGCUAUGCGGAAGAACACAAGAAAUGGACUAGUAAAGUGAUUGUUGGUUGAGUUUGGAUCCUGACGACACUGUGUAUAAUUUGGAUUUUCCUUGUUUUGCAAAUUGUUAGCACCUCUAGACUUGACUUGCUCCUCUAUUGUCAAUUUCGGACUCAUUACGACUGCUCCAAAAGACUACAUUUUCAAACUUCCACUGCGAAUUCCAACUGGAUUCAAACGCACAAAAACUACAUACUCAACAACCAUAUGACUUCUGACUCGGCGGUUUACGCACCGAACGUUGUGUUCACUGUUUUGACAUCUACACAUGUCUCUAAACUUAUCGUUUUCCAAGUACGACGCUUAUCAAACUUCCAAGGUAAAACCGCUGUCGUAGGUAUUCUAUUUAUAACUUUAAGACGAAGCUGGAUCGAAUAUCGAGCGCAGUAAGCUAUGAGCUAUGUACGAUUUUGUCACACAAACGCCUACUGAACCGAAAAUGUCAAAGUGUUCGCAUUCGGCAAAGACACAAUCGUCACAUAUGCUAACAACGUGAGGCAGGAUAGAAUGUAUGUGGAGUUUCAUGAA